AUGCAACAAUCCCUUGGCGUUUCCGAUCCCUUCGAGCGGCCUAACCUUGUCAUGAAUAUACAGUCUAUGUGGAAUGUCGCAGACGCUACAUACAUCAUUCCGGGCGACAUGCGAUACCCUGGUUGGAUCGGCAACUGGCCCCUACCCAUCCUACGAUCCUUAAGCUAUCUAGCCAGUGGUAUGCCGGGCGAUGGGGGACGGCAUCGAUUCGUGGAACUCCUGAAUCUCGGCUAUACGAUAAGGGUGACAGACGAGUCAACUACUCAUGAACCGCAGCUACAGGUAUCUGAUCUAGAGUUUGUCCGAGACAGCGUUGGAUUGCCACCGGCGGCUAUGCCAGUAGAGGAGGAAGCCGCCCCAGCCCAGAAUGAUGUUGCAACCCCCCAACCACGUCCACAACGAAUACUUCCAGAAGAUGAAGAUGACCCGGAGACUUUGAUGAAGAAGCAGGAACUGUGGAUCAAGUACUACUGGAACGUCACUGAUAUUAAAGCCCUUGUUCCCCCAAACAUGCGGCAGCUAGACAAAUUUGGAAAGCCGACCAAUCGGCCGCUGCACAGCUGCAGCGACCAAAGGAAUCUGACGAAGACAAGACCAGCAGGCCGGGGAGGAGGCAAAGCGUUUGCAGAAUCAGACGUCAAAGUCGCUCUUGAUCACUUCCGUGACCUACGUGAAGAAGAAGAAGAUGAUGACUCUGUUACCAACAGUCGAAAGCAAUUACCUAUUGCACCUUCAAACCCCGACGGGACUACCGGCGAGGAGGGUCAAGAUGGCGCGACGAACGCCCAGCGGGGAAGUCAGCAUCUCGAUGGAAGGCAACGGAAGAGACGACGACGUGAAUCUCGAGCCACCGAACCCAACACUCAAGACGGUGCCGAUGACCAAACGCUACUGCCCGACGUGGAUAUCGCAGAGGCAGGACUCUCGAUGGCUCACAGCCGACGCUCAUCAGUCAUGGCAAGACGUGACAAGGACUGCGCGAGUAGCAUAGCGACCCACGACGCUACGGUUGACGAGGCUGCCUCGAGCUUACAAGGUGCGCGUGGAGCAUCGAACUUACCGCUAAAGAGGAAGAUACGGUAUUCACUAGACGGAGAUGAGACAGAUGUUGAUGAGGAAGGUGGCAAGACGGGUGAUGACGAAAAGGAUGAGCGUGCGGAACUGGAGCACGAUGAGCUGCAGCCAGAGGAUGCGCAAGAACCACCAGAAAACUGGGCCAUGCCGUUUGAGACGGAGGACGCACCACAAGAUGGGGAAGUUGAGGAUACCCAUAUCACGAUCGGAGAUGUCAAAUACGAUGUCGACCUCUCGCAAAUACCUUAUCUAUCAUCCUUUGCCGAUUUCCAAGCCAAAGCCCAGCCCGACGCCAUCGAUUUGGUCCACGGCCCAAUACCUCUUUUCGACGUAGCUUUGAAGGGAAUCCAAUCGGGUUAUCGACAGUGCUUCAGGAAUCUUCCCCCCGAGCUUCAGCAAUACCACGUUCUAUGCGAAACAUACGAGUUUCUCGGCAUUAACGUCCUCGAAAAACGACGUAUCGACCAGAUCUUCAGCGAUCUGAGGAUCUGCAAGAUAGAUUGGGACCCAGAGGAUGAAGAUACCAAGGGUGUUAAGUCGAGAGCACGCGACGCCGCUUUCAGGUUGCUGUAUCUCAUCCUGCUGGGCGAAUUUGAGGAUGAUAAAAUGAAUGGCGACAAGGCGUACAACGCAGUGUUGUUCGUGUUAUCCCAUCCCGCGACGUUCAAGUCACGAACAAGAACCGUAGUUCGGGCGGCGUAUGAGGAACGUUUUGUUGCCUCGCGGAAGCAGAUAAAGAGACUAGAUCAAUGGCUGAAAGGAGAUACUGCAGAUGAUAGCGAAGAAGCUACCACUACAGAUGAGGAAUCGCCCGAGGAAUACUAUGGACCGGACGAGGACUAUGAAUCGGAUUGGUCGUAG